GUUUGAGAUUGACUUAUUGAAUAAAAAAAUGGCGAUCGAAAAACGAAAAAGGAAAACAGAAGGUUAUUUUCAACAAAUACCUGUUAAUCUAGUGAAAUAUUGUUGAUAAUGGACAUAAAUGUUAAUUCUGAGUAUCAAAAAACGUCAUCUGAAAACAGUUUACUGGACAAAGAAAGCACCAAAGUCGAAAAACAAUCAGCAACACUGAGUGACCAUCAUCGGGAAGUGAGUCAAAGUUUAUUUUUUUCGUCAACUGUCAAAACCGUGAAUCCUGUGGAAGCAAUAGCUGACGGUCCAAUAAAAUCAUAUUCUUUACCAAAACGUAAGAAGAGGUCACGACCAUCAUUUAAAUCGGUUAUCUAUCUUAUGAGUCGUUUCAAAACUUCAUCAAGUGUUGAGAAAAAAAUUGUGGAAACCGGCGGUCCAAAAGGGGGAUGGACUCCUUCAUUGCCUCGGAAAAGUGGACAAUCCAGUGAUAAACAGACGAAGGACUCAUCUUCAUCCCCUCAGAUGACUCGAUCACUGAACAGUUUGUGGAACGUGGUUCCCGGCACUGUUGGUAUUCCAAAUCAUGGGAACACUUGCUUUAUGAACGCUGUGAUACAAUGUUUGAGCAACACAGAUUGGUUCACCAAGUACUUCAUUUUAAAACAGUUCAAAGAUGAUAUGAAAAGCAAAUCCUUUUCAAAAAAGUUUAGCAUUCAGAAGAGUGAUGUAACUGAACAGUUAGGAAAAUUACUAGAAAGUCUGUGGAAUAAUAGUUCAAAUGUUGUAGCGGAAGUCUCAAAUGGAUUUAAAAGUGUUGUAGGGAAAAACAACAGUCAGUACAAAGGAUCGGAGCAGCAUGAUUCUCAGGAGUUCUUUCUGUGGCUUCUUGAUCGACUUAAUGAAGACAUUUUCAUAAGCUACAAGAAAAAAGAAAAGACAAAAAGGUUAAGUACCUCAGAAAACUCUGAUGAGGCUGCAGCUAAGGAGGUACUGCAGCAGAACAGUGGAUGUGUCCCAUACAAUCUUUUCCAAGCUCUCUAUCGCUCCUCACUCAAGUGUCCAAAAUGUCAGAAGCUGAGCAACACAUUUGAGUCCUAUCUCUGUCUUUCCUUGCCAUUGCCUGCCAGGACUAUGAGGCCAGUUUAUGUGAUCUAUGUCUCUCGGGAGGUGGAACCAAUGCAGAUUAAGAUUGGGUUGACACUGAAUGUCAAUGACACGGUUCGGGAACUAAGGGAGGCAAUCGCUGCAUACAUGGAGAUUUCUCCAUCUAGGAUUGUGUUGUGUCAGAUAUAUGAGGAUGGAAUCCAGAAUCGAUACUGUGAUGACCAGCCCCUGACCGACAUAUCAGAGGUGGAGUCUGUGUAUGCUAUAGAAACACUAGCACCUCCAGGUCAGGGUGGUAGCAAUCCGGAGGAGUUUGAGUCUUCCUACACUCAGCUGAUUGUUGUAAACACAGAGAAAAGAUCCUCUCCAACCAGAUAUGCAAGGUUUUGUGCUCCUGUCAUUCUCUGUGUACCCAGAGAUAUAGACCAUAGAAGUUUACAGAAGAAAAUUCUGACUGUAAUGGGAGAGUGCAUAAAAGAGGGACUUUUGACACAGAAGUUGGACGUGCUGUUCAGACUGCGCCUUGUUGACGAAUUUUCAGGAAAGCGAUACUAUUUGCAAGAUGAUGAAGAAAUCAUGCCUCUCUAUACACAAGCAGUGGAUAGUGCUUUGACAUAUGGAGCUGAAUACGGUCCUCAGCACAUAGAGCUGGUGGCUGAGUGGGACCCUGCUAUCAAAGAAAGAGUGAUAGUCAGAGACAAUGAUGUGCUUCAUGAAGAACCGAGUGUGAAGAAAGUGCGGGCAUCACAGCAGCAGCCAUUGAAAGUUUCUCUAGACCAGUGCUUCCAACUCUUCACCAAAGACGAAAAGUUAAGUGGAGAUGAUGCCUGGGAAUGUCCACACUGCCAUAAACAGCAGAAAAAUGCCAUUAAAACCAUUGGUCUGUGGUCACUUCCAGAUGUACUGGUCAUUCAUCUCAAGCGCUUCAGACAGGUGGGACUACGCAGAAGUAAGCUGAGUACUUUGGUGGAUUUCCCGGUGAGGGAGUUUGACAUGGCUUCACAUGUUGUGAGGCGACCGCACACGAACCCUGACAGUACAGAAAUGAUAUACGAACUUCAGGGUGUACUGAAUCACUAUGGCAACAUGCAAGGUGGUCAUUACACAGCCUUUUGUAAGAACCCUGUGGAUGGCAGGUGGUAUGAGUUUGAUGACUCCAAAGUUAAGCCCAUGGCUGAGGCUGAGGUAAAGACCUCAUCUGCUUACCUGUUGUUUUAUCAAAGGAAAGGUGUGAUGGAUUCAGUGAGAGAGGACCUGGAAUCUGGCUAUCACUGGAUCUACAAAUUAUACCCAAAUGCAUAUAAAAAUAUAGCCAAAAAUCUGAACAGAAGUGCAAAUAACUCACAGCCUCAGCACACAGAAAAUAUCAUGGAUCAAGAUAUUCCACAAUCAAUGAAAAGUCCAGAUCCUUUUCCAUUUGUGACAGCAAAUGAGCCACCAAAACGUGUUCAAAACUCUCCUGCUAAAAUCAAAGAUAAUUCUCUCCAAACAUCUGAGUCUGAUCCAAGUAUAUUUAAAAAUGAAGUCAAGCAUGCCAAGACAAACUCAGAUAUUGUAGCAGAAACAGUUCCUGACAUAGCCUGGAGAAAUAAAGAUGGUGACAGUACUGAUCUUGUGAAGCCAAGUCAGCUGAAAAAUCUUUCGAAAAAGGGCCAGGAUGUGCAAAGGGAGAGCAGUCAAAUAGGAAAGAGUGACAUAAAUAACAGAAAACCAUAUGAUCAUACCAAAUAUACAGAAACAGGCAGAGAGCAUCACUCUCCCGUGAAGCAAGGGAUGCCACCAAAAAAUGAAAAUGGUGAAAAGAAGCACUCCAGUGGAAGUGGGCUCACUGUUAAGCUACCUGAAAAGGAGGUGUUUAUUGUUAGACAGAAUCACAAAACUGGACAGACCACUGUGGAAUCUUUCAGUAAACAUCUCUCUCAGGUAGAAUCUCUGAAGAAACAAUCGAUCAGUUCCGGUCAUCAGAGCAAUGGAAACCACCUAAGUAAACUGGAUACUCAUGAUGCCAAUAAGAAACUAUCAGCCCUCCAUAUAAGAGACAGAAGUGACCACAGAGAUGAUGUUGAUGUGCCAGUGGGGCCGAGGUCCCUUCCCUUGUCAUAUUCAUCAAGACUGGAGACAACACAGGAUAAUAUGUCAAGGCCAUAUCACGGUCAGAGGAGCCCAGAUGAUCACCCCCUCUCACCAAUUGAUUUUAACAGACAGCUGUCACAUCCAACCAAAGGAGGAUAUAUGGAAAAAGAGACACCUAGAAACCCUCCUGUCAAACGAAGUAAAAGUCAUACAAGGUCUAGAGAGCAGGAGCAAAAUGUGAUCAAUGACCUCAGAAACCAAGCCCAUGACCAGAGAAAUGGUGUUAGUGUUAACAACAAGUAUGCUACAAUAGCAAGAGUGAAUCAGAGUUUUCAAGGACAUCAGCACCAGGAUACCGCAGUUGUACGAUCAUCAACAGUGGGUAGUCUAGGUUACAACUCCAUGGUUCCUGGUCAAAAGAUCACAGACAGACAGGACUCUGUCGGUUUACCGUUGAGGCAGGAAAUUUUGGAGAUUAGGGAUACCAUUCAGAGUUCCCCACACCUCCACCAGGCUGGUUCUCGGAAACCAGUUUAUGAUGGUGUGGUGAACACAGACUCUCAUUCCUACACUGAAGGAUUUCCUCGCUAUCAGCCUCACAAACAUUACAGGAAAACCCCAAAUAGAGAGGAACAGGAAAACCUCAAAAAGGAAAAACUGUACUCCCCAUGUCUUAAAGAAUCCUCUGUUUGAAGCAUUCAUUAUUUUAGAACUGUCAACAGGCACUUCUCUAUUGUGUAACUUUUUUGCUACUUGCUUAGAAUGAGACUAAUCUCAGUAUUACACCAUGACUAAAGUGCAGUGCUUGCAAAACAACAAAAGGAUUGUAUCAUCUAUGUAAAAUACCUCAUAUUAACAUUAGGACAUACUCAGGACAUGCUACUUUUAAGAGACUUGUCCUUUCUUUUCUCUUCAUUUUUUUUUGUUGUAAGUACACAGGUUAUCUGAAAUAGAGACACUGCUAGCUAUGAAUGGAUAGACACUAGUUAUACCCAGUAAUGUG